AUGAUUCGCGUAAGUGGACGCCAUGUGACCCGACACGCUGAUGUUCUCGCAGCACCCGGCAUCAAGGCCGAGCUCAACCCCGGCAACAAUCGGCACUUCAACAUCCGGAUGCUGGGACCCGAAAGCACGCCCUAUGAGGGAGGGGUGUACAAACUGGAGCUCUUUCUCCCCGAGCAGUACCCAAUGGAGCCCCCGAAAGUGCGAUUCCUCACCAGCAUAUACCAUCCGAACAUUGACAAGCUCGGCAGGAUAUGCCUGGACAUCCUGAAGGACAAGUGGAGCCCCGCCUUGCAGAUACGGACGGUGCUGCUUAGUGUACAGUCGCUGCUCAGCGCACCUGAGCCAGACGACCCACUCGACACGGCGAUUGCCGACCACUUCAAAUCGGACAAGGCGGACGCGGAGCGCGUUGCACGCGAGUGGAACGAGAAGUACGCCAAGUGCAACACUAUGUAG